AUGGAUCUGGCUCUCCAAUUAAGCUAGAUGAAAUUUAUUAAAGGAAAUGACUUUCGUAAGAAUUUAGUUGAUAAUGGACAUUUAGGAUAAGGUAAUAGCAGAGUGUAUAGUGUCUUGGUAAAUGGAAAGAAGUAUGCCCUUAAGGUAAGAGAUUUCUUGUAUUAAGUAAGUCAUAAUCAAUUAGUGUAACAUUGAAAAUGAAAUCAAAAUCAUGUAAUAAUUGUCUCCUUCAGAAUAUGUGAUUAAUUUGAUUGAUUUCAUGAUACUAGAAACUGUUUCAGCAGAUAAAUAUGCUUAAAGCUAAUAAUUUGCAUAUUUACUAAUGGAAAAAGGAUAACAAAAUUUGGAUUCCUAUAUUAAAAAUAGAAAGCAUUUCUUAGACAUAGAGGAAUUGCAUAAAAUUUUAGAAUAUCUUAUAAACAUUUUUGAACAUUUGUAACAAAAGAAUAUUGCUCAUAGAGAUAUAAAAUUAGAAAACUUAUUGAUAAUGGAGCCAUUUUAAAUAAAAGCAUGUGAUGUAGGAUGUAGUACAUAGAUUGAAACAAUAUAGACUAUUAGUGUGGUGGGUACUAAAUCAUAUUUAGCUCCAGAAUUAUUGAAUGCAGAAACAUCUAAACUUAAACAUAAUCCAUUUAAAAGUGAUGUUUAUUCACUAGGUUUAUGUUUUUUAUAUUUAGUGACACUUCAAUAUUGGAAUUUUAGAUAGAAGAUUAAUUCAUAAAUUGAAGAAGAAAUAAUAACAGAUUAUAUGAGACAUGUUAAACGUAUUACUGAAUCAGAUUAAAUUAUUUUAACUAUUUUAAAGAAAAUGUUGUAGAUUAAUCCAAAUGAUCGUCCUGAUUUUAUUGAAUUAAAAACUAUUUUCUAAUAAUUGAAAGAAAAUCAAUUCUAAUAAUAAUUAGUAUUAUCAAAAGGUACAACAAUAGAAUCAUUUGAAUCUCCAAAAAAGGCUAUUACAUAAUUUGAUUAUCUUUCUCCUGAUGUUAUAUCAAAUAGAGGUCGUAACACAGGAUCAAACUAUUAUUAAUAGGAAAGAUAGAAAUCUGCUAAAUAAAUUUAACUCAAUCUAAGCAAUCAAAAAAAAUAGAAAUCAUCUACAAAUUUAUUAGUUGAUACUAAUAAAAAAAGAUAAGCAUCAAGAUCUCCAAAUAGAUCUUCACCAUCUAAUAUAUAAACAAAGGAAACUUAAUUUAGUAAUAAACCACCAUCUGGUAAUCCAUUAAAACUUCCUUAAUCAACUAAGGCUAGAUCAAUUAAAACUCCAUCAUCACCUAGUCAUAGUUCAUCAAAUUUAUAACAUAGAUAAUAAUGGCAAUAAUCUAAAUUUUAUCAUUCAGUAGUAGAAUCUAAAAGAAUUCAUCCAGAAAGUUUUUCUUAGACAAUGCCUUCAAUCUAAAUGAUGGGUCCUGAAGACUUUAAACCUACAGAUGACUUACUUAAUUGUAGUUACAGUGAAGUUGCUGUACUUUAUUAAUUUCAUAGUUACAUUAGUUUAUAUUAAAAUAACCAAAAUCAUCAUUAAACUAAAUGUUAAUUACCUAACAAAUGUAAAACCCUUUUAUUAAAAUUAAAUAAUUAAACACCUGAAUUAAUAUUAUCACCUUAAAAUGAUAUUCAAAUUCUCAUUCUGGAAUUAAUAGAAGAUUCAAAUCAUAAUACUAAUUAUAAAUGGUCAGAUAAUUUAAGUAAUAUGUAAUUUCCUUGCAUAACACAAUUAGAUAUUUUAGUUUAUAAUAAAAGUUCUUAAGUAAAUAAUAUAAUCUAAUUCUUAACUAAAGUAUAACACAUACCUAAAAUAAGUAUGACAAUAGGAACAGAGAUGUCUGAAUAAGAUCAUAGAACAAUUAUGUGGAAAUUAAGUAAAUAUAAUUGUAUAUCUUUUGAAUUUAAAAUACCAAGAAUUAAAUUAAAUUAUACAUAAACAUCAUAACUUUGGUCAUUUAAUUAAUCAUCCUUAGAAGAACUUAGUUUAGAUUAUGAAGAUUGUGGAUUAUAAUAAGCUUUUUCUUUAUUAGUAGCAUCUUUAAGAACUGUUGAUUUAAAAAAGUUUUAAUUUAAUUUAACUAAAUUAUAAUCUAAAAAUUCAGAAGUUAGUUUAUUUUUAGAGUAUUUAGGUUCAAAAUAAAGUCUAAAAGAUCUUGUAUUGAUUAUGGAUUAUAUAACUAAUUAUGAUAAAAUGGUUUAAGAGAAACUUAAAAAUAAUAUUGGAAAAUUAAAAAAUUUAGAAAGACUCUAAUUAUCUUUAAUUGGUAAUAAUAUUAAUUAUGAUUUUUUUGAGAAACUUUUUAAUCAAUUUGAAUAACUCACUCUUCUCAAAUUUAUUGUUUUAAGUUUUGAUAGAAUAUUUGAAAAAGAAAAAAUAAAAUAACUUUAAAAGAAAUAUUUAUUCUUAUCAUAAUUUACAUUAUAAUUUUAUGGAACUAAUACUGCAUUAACUAUAAUUAUGCAUAAUAAUGGAUUAUAAAAAUUAUAAGAUUAUGGUAUCACUAAAUGUAAUUAAGGUAAAUAAAUUAAAUUAAGUAAAAUGUAUUAUUGUAUCAAAUGUUCAAAAAUUCAUUCUUUCUUCCUUAAUCAUUUAUUUUAAAUAUGUAGCACAUGUGUAACAUAAUGUCAUUCUAAAUGUGAAAAUACAUUUAAUUAUAAUGAAACAAUAACUCAUGGAUCUGAUUCUCUAGUAUAGAGUUAAAUUAAUCUAAAUGAAAUUAGAAAAAAUCAUACAUUUAUUGAAUCUUUUAAUUCAAAUGAUCAUCGAUGUUAUUGUCAUUUAUUAGGAACAUGUACACAAUCAAUUCCAAAUAGAGAUCGAAAUAAAAAUUAAAUACAAUUCAAGUAAUUUAUUAUUAUUUAAAAAUCAUAGUUGUAAGACUUGCAAGAAAACAUUAUGCCGUUUAUGCUCUUAAGAUUGUCAUCAAUAACAUUAAACUAAGGAGUUAUAUAUUAACAAGUUUGUAUGUCAAUGUGAAUGUGAUAAACAUGUCUGA